AUGUCGGCAAUGGCCGGGACAAAGCUCUCAAAGGGUUCACGCAUCUCCAAUGCUACUUCAAUUCGAUCCAUCCGAGCCCUCGCUCCUCUCCUGGACCGCGUCCUCGUCCAGCGCAUCAAGGCCGAGACCAAGACUGCCAGCGGCAUCUUCCUUCCCGAGUCCAGCGUCGAGAAGUUGAAUGAGGCCAAGGUUCUGGCCGUUGGCCCUGGGGCUAUGGACAAGGAGGGAAACCGCCUGCCCAUGGGCGUCACCGUUGGCGACCGUGUCUUGAUCCCCUCUUUUGGCGGCUCACCUGUCAAGGCUGGCGAGGAGGAGUACCAGCUGUUCCGUGACAGCGAGUAA